AACCCUUACAUAAAUAAAGGGGUUUCUCAAAAGAUAAAAUCCGUAAAAAGUAUCACUAUACGGCGGAUGUACGUAGUUGAACAAAUUUAAUUUGUUGUAUAGGGUAUAGCAAAAUUCAAGGGAGCCCUAAAACAGGGUGCUUCAAAGAAAAAGAAUCCAUAUGUUUGGGGCUUUGGCGGGCAAUUGUCUCCACUCUCCACUCUCCACUCUUCACUCUCAUCCAAUCCAGUUUCCAGGAGAAUUGAUUUCAAUCGGCUUUCUGGUUAAAUUCAUCUUUGAAGGCUCUUGUAUGCAUAUAUCAUAAUAAGAGAAAAGGAAUGUUGCUAUGAAUUAAUGGCGUGUUUUCAUUCUAUGAAUCUUCGCACUCCUUGCUUAUGGACGAGUCUACCUUGCAUUCGGAGACACUUCUCAAGGAAUCUGAAGGAUGGAAAUAAAUUAUUGAGUUUUAACAGAUUAUAUGUGAUCCGCCCUUCACCAUUUCAAACCCUGAAGCAGUACUGUAGCUUAUCUGGUAACUUAAGUUCUACUGUACCUGGUGAUCAUCCAAUUCCCCAUGGGAAUGCAGUGAUUUCUUCGAAAAAGGAACAAAUAUUUCACCAAGAGGCAGCUCUAGGGAGAGCCAACCUUCAAGAAACUGUGGUGAAUGCUAAAUCCUCAAAUGGUAGAGUAAUGCUUAUUGAUGGCACAUCAGUCAUUUAUAGGGCCUACUACAAACUUCUAGCAAAACUGCACCAUGGGUACCUAUCACAUGCUGAUGGCAACGGUGACUGGGUUUUAACUAUAUUUACAGCUUUAUCACUUAUAAUUGAUGUUCUGGAAUUUGUUCCUUCACAUGUAGCGGUGGUGUUUGACCAUGAUGGAAUUCCAUUUGGUCAUACAUCUAUUUCUUCAAAAGAAAAUGUCAUGGGAAAAGGUUUAAAUUUUCGUCAUACUCUGUUUCCUUCAUACAAGAGCAACCGCCCUCCUACACCGGAUACCAUAGUGCAGGGACUUCAAUAUUUGAAGGCAUCCAUCAAAGCUAUGUCCAUUAAGGUGAUAGAGGUACCUGGUGUAGAAGCUGAUGAUGUGAUUGGGACACUGGCUGCAAGGAGUGUUGAUGAAGGGUUUAAGGUUCGAGUUGUCUCCCCAGACAAGGAUUUCUUUCAGAUCCUAUGUCCUUCAUUACGCCUACUACGAAUUGCACCACGUGGCUAUGAGAUGGUUUCAUUUGGAAUGGAGGAUUUCUCAAAAAGAUAUGGAGAUCUGAAACCUUCUCAGUUUGUUGAUGUAGUCUCUCUUGUGGGUGAUAGAUGUGAUAAUAUCCCAGGAGUUGAUGGAAUUGGGAAUGUCCAUGCUGUUCAACUUAUCACUAAGUUUGGCACAUUGGAGAAUUUACUGAAGUGUGUUGAUGAAGUUGAAGUGGACCACAUCAGGAAGGCCUUGAUAGCAAAUGCUGAUCAAGCCGUCUUAAGCAAAAACUUGGCAAUGCUGAGAUGUGAUCUUCCAUUCUAUAUGGUACCAUUUUCCACCAGAGAUCUCACAUUUAAUAAACCCGAGGACAAUGGGGAGAAAUUCACGAGCCUUUUGAAUGCCAUAAGUGCAUAUGCAGAAGGAUUCUCAGCUGAUCCAAUUAUCAGAAGAGCGUUCUAUUUGUGGAAGAAGCUCGAACCACCUUGAUUUUUGAGAUUCAAGUUAUCAAGGGAAAGAGGGCCAAGAAAAUGGCACUUUUUCUUUUGUUUGGUUGAGUGUAUAGAACUGCAAAAACAGGAAGAAUUAAAGUGAGCUUAGAAUUUAAUUCAACUAUUAAUGUAAUUAUUCAUAAGAUAUUAAUUUAAUAAAUUUAGAAUUUUAAUUUCUAUA